AUGAUAGUGCUUUUGGAAGCAUUCAAGGGAAAUUAUGCGCUCUAUUCCGAACUACUCCCCACUCCCGAUUCAUCCGAUGUGGGCCUUGGGCUCGAUACCGAAAUACCCAAGUCGUGCCAUAGCCCGGUAGUCGAGCCACGCACUCAAGAUAUAGAGGCGCUUCCUCCAAUCCGCCGGCUGUCAGAGCAGAUAAUGGAGUUUGAUGAGAUAUAUAAAGCCGCAUUAUCCGAGCUCGACCGAGAAUCGAAGGAGAUGAUUGAAUUGGAAUUUAACUUAGUUUCAAUAUACGAAGCCCGGCGUUCCAUUGAAAUGUCCGAAAGCAUGAAACGCCUCAGCUGGAUUACGUUCAUAUUCUUACCACUGAUGUUCAUCACGAGUUUCUUUGGAAUGAAUGUGGAUAUUCUCGCCAAGGACCCAAGCUGGCACCUCUACUUUUUUGUGUCUAUACCAUUCUUGGCGAUCGUGAUUGCUAUUUGGGUUUUGUGCAAAUAUCUUCCUACCCCAGAGUUCUUUGAAAGAAGCGUCGGUAACUACUUGAGUUGGGCUUUUGGAGAAGGAGAGAGACGGCCAAAACCCCUUGCGUUUGAAUCUCAGGCUAUAGAUAUAACUCCAGGAUACAAGUGUUAG